AUGUACUAUGCGGUUUCCCAGGCGCGUGUGAACGCGGCUCCCGCGACCAUGUUGCGGCCACAGCGCCCUGGAGACGUGCAGCUCGGGGCCUCACUGUACGAGCUGGUGGGUUACAGGCAGCCACCCAUCUCCUCAUCCUCCUCCUCCUCCUCCACCACCACCGCGUCCUUUCUCCCCAAGCCUGCGCGCGAGAAGCCCGAAGCUCCGCUCGCUGAGCCGCGGGGACCAGCGCCGGAGUCCGGGGCCACCCGAGCCGACGCCAAAGAGGAGCAGCAGCAGCAGCAGCUGCGGCGCAAGAUCAACAGCCGCGAGCGGAAGCGCAUGCAGGACCUGAACUUGGCCAUGGACGCGCUGCGCGAAGUUAUCCUGCCCUACUCGGCGGCGCACUGCCAGGGCGCGCCGGGCCGCAAGCUCUCCAAGAUCGCCACGCUGCUGCUCGCCCGCAACUACAUCCUCCUGCUGGGCAGCUCGCUGCAGGAGCUGCGCCGCGCUCUCGGCGACGGUGCGGGACCCGCCGCCCCGCGCCUGCUUCUUGCCGGCCUGCCUCUGCUGGCCGCCGCUCCGGGCUCUGUGCUGCUGACACCCGGCGCCAUGGGGCCCCCAGAAACGCUGCGCCCCACCAAGUACCUGUCUCUAGCUCUCGACGAGCCACCGUGCGGCCAGUUCGCUCUCCCUGCUGGUGGCGCGGGCAGCCCCGGUCUCUGCUCGUGUGCGGUGUGCAAGUUCCCGCAUCUGGUUCCCGCCGGCCUGGGCUUGGCAGCCGUGCAGGCUCAGUUCUCCAAGUGA